ACUCAUAAACCAAAGAAUAAACUAUCCAUAUUACCAACAUAUGUACAUGUAAAAUGUAAACUUUCACUGCAUAUCGUUUUAAUAAUCCUUGUUGUUCAUUUAUUUUCGUAACACAUUUAUAUAUUUAUCUAUUUUUCAUAUAAUAUUGAAUGUGCAUUAUAUAGAAGCGCGGCAACUGGCGCGGGAGUCCCCCAGCUGGGACGCCUCACAGGCACCAGACGCUCCCACAGGUGUUGCUGCGGGCAGCUCGGCCUCACCAGUAAUACAAAUCAAUGAAUGCCAUCAGUGUGGCCAGAGCGAGUUGUUUGGGCAUGUUUUCUGCAACCCAUCAUCAAAACAGCAGCUCGUCCUAAGGCCAACCCAUGUUCGUGAGCAUAAUUUCGUCUUCAGGCUAUGCUCGUCCAAGCUGCAGCCAAUCCCAAGACGUAUUCAUGAAUUUUAAUGUACUAUUACGUAGGUGAAGCAUCGCAUACAUUCUGCUGCCUGGAAGCUCAGUCUGGAGCAUUCUCAACCUUCCGUACAACAGCAUUUUAGAAGGUGCCACUGGUGAUGGUAAGGGAGCGUGUGGGUGGGGCAGCCCUGCUACUGGUGGUCGUCAGCGGCGUCUCUUUGGUCCAGCUUUCUUGUGGCCUCAGACAUGACCUUCCUGGCCACCAGGUCCUCCCUCUACACCCCACACUGCUGUCUGGCGUCGUCUCUCUAACCCACGAGGACCAAGAUGGCCGAGUUUUCCUCAACUCUGAUGGCGGCCAAACUCUUCGUGACUUGAGCCCUGGACGCCUCCAGCACACAAGGAAGUCGGAGGACCUGUCUGAAGGCCUUCGUGGGGACCAUGUUGGAACUCGUCCUCAAGCUCCAUGGCUUGGUCAUCGACUUGUUAAGCAACGACGAACUGAAGGUCGACAGCAAGUCGAGUCUCGUCAUACUGAAAGUCGAAGACAUGAUGCCCGACUAGCUGAGGGUCGUAGAGUUGACGCCAGACUAGUUGAGGGUCGAAGAGUUGACGCCAGACUAGUUGAGGGUCGUAGAGUUGACGCCAGACUAGAUGAAGGUCGACGAGUUGACGCCAGACUAGCUGAGCAUCGACGACUUGAUUCCAGACUUGUUAAACAUCGUCGAGGAGACGCCCGACUAGUUGAAGGUCGUCGAGUUGACGCCAAAGUUGUCGAGAGUCGUCGAGUUAACGUCCAACUAGCAGACAGUCGGGGCACUAAUGCCCGAUCAGAUGAGAGACAACUCUUUUCCCAUAAAGCCAGGCAGGAACGACUAGAUACCCGACAAGACAGUACACGCCUGGACACGAGGACUCCUGAAGCAACUUAUCUUCACAGGAAGAGGUCCACUGAAGCUAUGCUACCUGACACAAGGAGGGCCAGUGACGCUCGUCUUGACACAAAGAGGGUCAGUGACGCUCGUCUUGACACAAGGAGGGUCAGUGACUCCAGUCUUGACACAAGGAGGAUCAGUGACGCUCGUCUUGACACAAGGAGGGUCCGUGACUCCAGUCUUGACACAAGGAGGGUCCGUGACUCCAGUCUUGACACAAGGAAGGCCAGUGACGCUCGUCUUGACACAAGGAGGGCCAGUGACACUCGUCUUGACACAAUGAGGACCAGUGACGCUCGUCUUGACACAAGGAGGGUCAGUGGCUCCAGUCUUGACACAAGGAGGGUCAGUGACUCCAGUCUUGACGCAAGGAGGGUCAGUGACUCCAGUCUUGACGCAAGGAGGGUCAGUGACUCCAGUCUUGACGCAAGGAGGGUCAGUGACUCCAGUCUUGACGCAAGGAGGACCAGUGACGCUCGUCUUGACACAAGGAGGGCCAGUGACGCAUGUCUUGACACAAGGAGGGUCAGUGACGCUCGUCUUGACGCAAGGAGGGCCAGUAACGCUCGUCUUGACACUAGGAGGGCCAGUGACGCUCGUCUUGACACAAGGAAAGCCAGUGACGCACGUCUUGACACAAGGAGGGCCAGUGACGCUCGUCUUGACGCAAGGAGGGCCAGUGACGCUCGUCUUGACACUAGGAGGGCCAGUGACGCUCGUCUUGACACAAGGAGGGCCAGUGACGCUCGUCUUGACACAAGGAAAGCCAGUGACGCACGUCUUGACACAAGGAGGGCCAGUGACGCUCGUCUUGACGCAAGGAAAGUCAGUGACGCUCGUCUUGACACAAGGAGGGCCAGUGACGCUCGUCUUGACACAAGGAGGGCCAGUGACGCUCGUCUUGACGCAAGCAAAGCCAGUGACGCUCGUCUUGACGCAAGCAAAGCCAGUGACGCACGUCUUGACGCAAGGAAAGUCAGUGACGCUCGUCUUGACAGAAGGAGGGCCAGUGACGCUCGUCUUGACACAAGGAGGGCCAGUGACGCUCGUCUUGACGCAAGGAAAGCCAGUGACGCACGUCUUGACACAAGGAGGGCCAGUGACGCUCGUCUUGACGCAAGGAAAGUCAGUGACGCUCGUCUUGACACAAGGAGGGCCAGUGACGCUCGUCUUGACACAAGGAGGGCCAGUGACGCUCGUCUUGACGCAAGGAAAGCCAGUGACGCACGUCUUGACACAAGGGGGGCCAGUGGCUCCAGCCUUGACACAAGGAGGGCCAGUGACGCUCGUCUUGACGCAAGGAGGAGCAGUGACGCUCGUCUUGACACAAAGAGGGCCAGUGACGCUCGUCUUGACGCAAGGAGGAGCAGUGACGCUCGUCUUGACACAAGGAGGGCCAGUGACGCUCGUCUUGACACAAAGAGGGCCAGUGACGCUCGUCUUGACGCAAGGAGGAGCAGUGACGCUCGUCUUGACACAAGGAGGGCCAGUGACGCUCGUCUUGAUGCAAGAAGGAGCAGUGACGCUAGUCUUGACACAAGGAGGGCCAGUGACGCUCGUCUUGACGCAAGGAGGAGCAGUGACGCUCGUCUUGACACAAGGAGGGCCAGUGACGCUCGUCUUGAUGCAAGAAGGAGCAGUGACGCUCGUCUUGACGCAAGGAGGAGCAGUGACGCUCGUCUUGAUGCAAGAAGGAGCAGUGACGCUAGUCUUGACACAAGGAGGGCCAGUGACGCUCGUCUUGAUGCAAGAAGGAGCAGUGACGCAAGUCUUGACACAAGGAGGGCCAGUGACGCUCGUCUUGACGCAAGGAGGAGCAGUGACUCUCGUCUUGACGCAAGAAGGGCCAGUGACGCUCGUCUUGAUGCAAGAAGGAGCAGUGACGCUCGUCUUGACGCAAGGAGGAGCAGUGACGCUCGUCUUGACGCAAGGAGGGCCAGUGACGCUCGUCUUGACGCAAGGAGGGCCAGUGAUGCACGUCUUGACACAAGGAGGGCCAGUGACGCUCGUCUUGACGCGAGGAGGGCCAGUGACGCUCGUUUUGACGCAAGGAGGGCCAGUGACGCUCGUCUUGAUGCAAGGAGGACCAGUGACGCUCGUCUUGACGCAAGGAGGGCCAGUGACGCUCGUCUUGACACAAGGAGAAGCAGUGACGCUCGUCUUGACGCAAGGAGGGCCAGUGACGCUCGUCUUGAUGCAAGGAGGACCAGUGACGCUCGUCUUGACGCAAGGAGGGCCAGUGACGCUCGUCUUGACGCAAGGAGGGCCAGUGACGCUCGUUUUGAUACAAGGAGGACCAGUGACGCUCGUUUUGACGCAAGGAGGGCCAGUGACACUCGUCUUGACACAAGGAAGGCCAGUGACGCUCGUCUUGACGCAAGGAGGGCCAGUGACGCUCGUCUUGAUGCAAGGAGGACCAGUGACACUCGUCUUGACACAAGGAAGGCCAGUGACGCUCGUCUUGACGCAAGGAGGGCCAGUGACGCUCGUCUUGAUGCAAGGAGGACCAGUGACACUCGUCUUGACACAAGGAAGGCCAGUGACGCUCGUCUUGACGCAAGGAGGGCCAGUGACGCUCGUCUUGACGCAAGGAGGGCCAGUGACGCUCGUCUUGAUGCAAGGAGGACCAGUGACGCUCGUCUUGACGCAAGGAGGGCCAGUGACGCUCGUCUUGACACAAGGAGAAGCAGUGACGCUCGUCUUGACGCAAGGAGGGCCAGUGACGCUCGUCUUGACACAAGGAGGGCCAGUGACGCUCGUCUUGACACAAGGAGGAGCAGUGACUCUCGUCUUGACACAAGGAGGGCCACUGAAGGAGUAUGUCUUGACACAAGGAAAGCUGCUGAAGAGAACACUCUUGAUACAAAGACCACCCCCGACACACGUCCUGUUACAAGGAGGGCCACUGACGCUAGGCGACAUGAGACAAGGACAGCCGCUGAUGACCGGUACAUUACCACAAGCAGGGCCACUCCGGCUAAACAUUUUAGCGCGAGGAAUACUGAAGAAAUACGCUCCGACAGGAGGAGGAACUCGGUGGCUCAGAGUACACAAAGGAAGGUCCCUGGAGUGUUGUCUCUUGGUAUGAAGCUCUCAGAUGAGUCGCUGGAGGCUGUAAUGAUCCGUUCCUAUCAAGGACAUGACUCUCGACGCUCUGUAGAAGACAUGAGCUUUAAAAACUCGCACGGUUCUUGGUCCCCGGAGUCUGCGGUCUUCCACCUCAGACAAGAUGAGACAAAGCAAUAUAAAGAAGAGAAGAGUUUGGGAGAUGUGAUGCUGACAGGUCUGUGGACGGGUCUGGCAUCUUUGGCUCUGUACCACGCCCACACCUCCAAGGUGGCACUGUGUUGAGUGCCACGCCCACACCUCCAAGGUGGCACUGUGUUGAGUGCCACGCCCACACCUCCAAGGUGGCACUGUGUUGAGUGCCACGCCCACACCUCCAAGGUGGCACUGUGUUGAGUGCCACGCCCACACCUCCAAGGUGGCACUGUGUUGAGUGCCACGCCCACACCUCCAUGGUGGCACUGUGUUGAGUGCCACGCCCACACCCGUCAUCGUUAACGUCUCGUCUCUUCACGUCACAUUAAGUCAUCUGCCUGUCUUAUAAUGUCAACACUCAGUCGUCAGAAGUGUAGUUGUGUACACUUUGUUAGUAAUGUGACUGUGUAUAGAUAGUGUAGCUGUAUGCACCUCCAUUCACCGACGUGACUGUGUAUACAUAGUGUAGCUGUAUGCACCUCCAUUCACCGACGUGACUGUGUAUACAUAGUGUAGCUGUAUGCACCUCCAUUCACCGACGUGACUGUGUAUACAUAGUGUAGCUGUAUGCACCUCCAUUCACCGACGUGACUGUGUAUACAUAGUGUAGCUGUAUGCACCUCCAUUCACCGACGUGACUGUGUAUACAUAGUGUAGCAAUGUGCACCUCCAUACACUGAUGUGCACAUGUAUAUAAAUGUAUCAAAUAACCUGACAGGACACGCUCUCGUUUUCUCUCUUAAACAAUAAAGUUCAUCCAUUCAGUAUUAACUUUGUCACUACUUCCAAUUCAUAAUUUUUAACUCUAUUGACACCAUUCUAAUAUUUAUAUCAUGAAUGGUUUAAAUAUGAUAACUUGUGCAGGUCUUCCGUUGUGCUUCGGGAACCUUAUCUGAGUUUUGUGUCAAUGUUCAUAAUAGAGCUCUGCUUAAUGACGCAAGGAGCUCUGCUUCUUGACCCAAGGAGGUCUGUUUAUUGACGCAAGGAGCUCUGCUUCUUGACGCAAAGAGCUCCGCUUCUUGCGUCUCCUAAUUGUACAUUGAGUGCUACAGUACCGUUUAUGCACUUUUUGUUUAUUUUGCCUUGAAUAAAGAGGCUAAACA